UCAAAGUACAAAACGGAGUGUCAUACAGUACAACACAGAGAACGUAAUAUUGCAGUCAUUUCUGUAAACAAACAAGGAUAUUAACAUUUAAAUAUGAAUAACUGUAGAAAUGUCAUUAAGCUAAGAUGCCCUUAUCUGUUAAAGAGAGAUCAGCUAGGUACAGACAGAAAUUGAAGGGAAAUCCUGUUCUCAGGGAGGAAAAACUAGCAAAGAGAAAAGAAAGCUAUCAUAGAAGAAAACAAGCUCUCAAUGGCAGAAAUCCAGAUCACCCUUCAAUUAAAGAUGUUUCUGCAGCUGAUGCUGAAAAAAGAAGAGAACAUUGGAGAGAAACUCAGAAGAAGUUCAGAAAGAAACAAAAGCAAGCAAAAGCGGUGCUUGACCUCACCCCAGAUUCAUUUGAAGCACCACCUGAAAACAUUGUUAAUAUACCGGAGCCUGAACCAAUACCACUACAAGAGGUGGAACAAAGGCCUCUGUCCCCUACACAUGUGGUGAAUGCUCCUCUGGCUUCUUCCACUCCAGAAAGACUACCAAUGCGCUUUAAAAAACUCAAAAAGCAGAAGAGAGAUCUGAAUAAACAACUUGCUGCUCUUCAAAAACAACUGUCACAAACAAAACAAAGGUGCAACACAUUAAAUAAGCUUUUGAAAAGGUCAAAAAAGACUAGAAAAGCAAAAGAAAAAGUAGCUAGGAGUGAGAUGGUGUUGAAGGCUAAACAAAGGAAAGAGAGCGUGAUCUCAUUCCUCUGUAGAGAUGAGAACAGUCGCCUUCUGCCUGGAAAAAAAGACACAAUAACCAAAAACAAGGUAAGAACACAGAGGCGUGUCCUUACUAAAACAAUGAAAGAGCUCCAUGCGCUUUACAUCUCGGAGGUGGACACAAAACUCUGUGUGUCUUACAGACAAUUUUUACGUCUGCGGCCAUUCUACGUCACUGAGCCUAAGACUAGUGAUCGAAACACUUGUGCCUGUAUCGACCACGAAAAUGUGGCACUUCUUCUGGAUAAAUUCUAUCAAAAUGGCCUUUUGAAAACAAAAAGCACAUCCGAGAUGCUAUCUGCAAUUGUGUGUGACACACACAAAAAACAAUGCAUGUACCGUCUUUGCUCCAAAUGCUGUUAUAAUGAAAUCGAAAUGACCCUACCUGAAGAUCGAAGAGGAGUGCAGGACUUUAAAGGAGACACUUUUUGAAAAUGAGGCUGUAGUCCAUAUGGAUUUUUCUGAAAAUUAUGGCUGCAAACUCAGCACUGAAGUGCAAUCGUUCCAUUUUGGAGGAAGCAGACAACAAGCCACCAUCCACACAAGUGUGGUUUAUACCAAAGAGGAGACCCAGUCCUACGCCACAAUUUCAAAGAGUCUGCGGCAUGAUGAGCGGGCAGUCUGGGCCCAUCUGCAACCUGUUUUGGAAGAUUUGAAGAAGAGAAAUCCAUUGGUGUCUGUGGUACACUUCAUGAGUGACGGGCCUUUAACCCAAUACAGAAAUAAGAAGAAUUUCUAUUUGAUCAGCACAGUUCCCUUUCUCCUUGGGUUUCAGGAAGUUACCUGGAAUUUUUCUGAAAAAAAUCAUGGAAAAGGUGCACCCGAUGGUGUGGGUGGUGCGGUCAAAAGGUGUGCUGACAACGUUGUAAGAAUGGGUGGAGACAUACAGUGCCCAGAAGAUCUAUACAAAGUGUUGCGAGACAAGGAGUCUACAAUCAAAUUCUUCUGGAUUGCUGACAGUGAUGUGGCCAAGUAUGAUGAAGCGGUCCCUGAGAAGUUGCCUCCUGUUAAAGGCACACUGAAAGUUCAUCAGAUCACCACAAAGGUACCUGGGAAAUUUUGGCACCGAGAAGUAUCAUGUUUCUGCUCCCGCACCAACACCACAUGUGUGUGUGAUUCACCAACAGAGAUUAAUUUUAACAGAGAAGUAGAGGUCAGCCCACAAGCUGAAGCAGUCUCUGCCCCUGCCCCGGCAACUGCUGAAAAUUUAAAUGGCAAAUUUGUUAUUGUGCAGUACGAGGACCUGCCAUUCGUUGGGCAGGUACUGCUGUCUGUAGGAGAUGAGGUACAAAUUAGCUGCAUGCUACAAAAGGGAAACAGAAAUAACUUUGUGUGGCCAAGUCCACCAGAUGAAAUUUACUACUUCAAGACAGACGUCAAAUUUGUUAUCGCAGAACCUGAGCCAUCUUCAAAUAGAGCCUCAAGGUUAGCAGAAAAGGACUGGGAAACAUUUGUUCAGUUCAUGAACUGAAAUGUUAUAAACCUUAGACACCCAUUAGAAAUGCUAUCUCUACACAGUACUGAAUUUCUGUUCUGAUGAAUUAAGAGUUAAAGCCCAAGGCUGUUUUGAUAUUAAAAAGCUGUUUUUAACUAGUUAAACACUAACAUAUUUUUAAAUGUUUGAAAUACUGAAAGUUA